GAAUUUCCAGCAAGGUGGCUGACCCUUCUUCUGCACGGAGAAACGGGAACAUGAAGUAACUGUGGUGUGACUUUGGAUGACCCAAGAGGAGAACACCUAUCAAAUCGGGAAAAAAAGGAAUUUUGUCGAAAAAGAAACACUGGACUAACCACAAAUGGCUACGCCGCCGGACUCACCAGGACCGGAAGAGGUUCUGUUCGACUUCGAGAGUACGCGAACCAGACAACAGACUACCAGGCCGGUUGCCCUCGAGGAGCUGCUUCGACAAACUAAGUUCUCCAGACAAGAAAUACGAGUGAUGUAUCGUGGCUUCAAGCAGGAAUGUCCAGAGGGCGUAGUUCAUGAAGAUCUGUUCAAAGAUAUCUAUGCGAAAUUCUUCCCACAUGGCAAUUCUAGUCUUUACGCCCAUUACGUGUUUAAGGCCUUCGAUGUUAAUUGCAAUGGUGCCAUGAACUUUAGGGAUCUUUUGGUCAUUUUAUCGACUCUGCUACGAGGUAGUAUCUACGAGAAAUUACGAUGGAUUUUCAAGUUAUACGAUAUAAACGGUGAUGGAUGCAUCACAAGAGGGGAACUAUGGGAAGUGGUGAUUGCGGUACACGAGCUUAUGGGUCGACGGCAUCAUGCUGAAGAGGAGAGGAAAGCUAGGGAACAGUUGGAUAGGGUGUUCAAUCGCUCUUGCAUUUUAUACCUUUUUGAAUAA